CUUCGUAGAAUCCACCCCAGCGUGGCACCCUCCUCUUCGUCUACUCAUACAUUCUUCUCUCUAAGGCUGUCAUAUUCUCAUGACCUAUACCAGCUUACCUCCGGGCAUCUCCCCGCCGUUGGCGGAGAACAAUGCCCACAACCAUACGGGGCUGAUCAUCAUCUUCGCAAGCGUGUGUCUUUUCCUGGUCCUCAGCUCACUGGCGAUGCGCGUCUACGCAACGACGCAACGGUCGAUGGCAUUGAGCGAUGACUAUCUUUUGGGAGUUGCAGUGGCAGUCGCCAUCGCGCAAAUAAGUGUCGUUUUUUACCAAACACAUCUGGGCUGGGGAAAGAGCUCUGAACUCCUCGACCAAUCUAGCGCAGAGCGAAUGGACAAGAGCGCAUACGCCUCCGACCUGCUCUACAUCAUCGUCCUCGGCCUCUCCAAAUGCUGCACUAGUCUUCUAUAUCAACACCUGACCACUCACGCGGCACGCUGGAUCCCACGCAGCCUUCUGGGUUUGUCCAUCAUCUGGACCAUAGUAUCAGUCAUCCUCGUCGCGAUCCGCUGCAGCAGGACCCAACCAUGGAUCGACAUCAACGACAAAUGCUCCAGUCUACAACCCCACUGGACAGCAACAACCGCCCUCGACAUCCUCCUCGAAAUCCUCCUAUUCAUCUACCCCAUCAAACUAAUCUACAGUCUUCGACUACGCCGAUCCCGCAAACUAACCGUUCUCUCCCUCCUCGGCAGCCGAGGAAUCCUCCUAAUCCCCCUAACAACAAUCCACUACCGCACCCUUAUCACCCAACUACACUCCCCGAACCCUACCCUCCAAGCCUCCACCCCGACCAUCCUCAAAGAACUCUACCUCGCCACCAGCAUUCUCCUCCUGACCCUCUCCUCGUUCAAGAUGUUGGUCGCCGUCUACGAGGACGAGGACGGUCUCGCCUACUACACCAGUGACGGUGGCGGCGCCCACAACAGUAAAUCCCGGCACCAGAACACGACCUGGAAUACG